GAGACACAGAGAUCCUCCGCCGGAGCAGGAAGCUGCUGCCGGGACUGCCGAGAGGGUCAGAGGAGGUACGAAACAACGUCGACAUCAGUAGGCAGCGGGGGAGCCACCAUAAUGUAGACCCAGCCGUGUGCCACAUCCGCCGAACAACGCGAGCAGGUGUCGAGGCUGCAGCGGUGAAGACAAAAGCAGAGCCGGGUCGUGUUUUUCUGCUUUUCUUUUCUUUUUUUUUUUUACGCGGCGAAAAUGAAGGAGCUGAAGGGCUGCGGUAUGCGGUCCUCGGUGGGCUUUCUGUCCCGCAGAGAGCUGACUGGGCAGCCGCUCAUGAAGGAGGAAUUCCAGAGACGCAGGCUGGCCGGCUGCACCAGCCUCUACAAGAAGGAUAUGCUCGGACAUUUUGGCUGUGUCAACGCCAUUGAGUUCUCCAACAACGGCGGGGAAUGGCUGGUGUCUGGAGGCGAUGACCGCCGGGUGCUCCUGUGGCACAUGGAGAAGGCCAUCCAUGCUCGGUCCAAGCCUGUGAAACUGAAGGGGGAACACCUGUCCAACAUCUUCUGCCUGGCCUUUGACAGUACCAACAAAAAGGUCUUCUCUGGUGGAAACGAUGAACAGGUGAUUCUUCACGAUGUGGAGAGAAGGGAAACUCUGAACGUGUUCCUGCACAUCGAUGCCGUGUACAGCUUGUCUGUCAGCCCGGUAAAUGACAACGUGUUUGCCAGCUCCUCUGACGACGGACGGGUUCUCAUCUGGGACACUCGCGAGCCGCCACAUGGAGAGCCGUUCUGCCUGGCCAGCUACCCCUCAGCCUUCCACAGUGUGAUGUUCAACCCUGUGGAGCCCAGGCUGCUCGCCACAGCCAACUCCAAGGAGGGGGUGGGAUUAUGGGACAUCCGCAAGCCACGCAGCUCGCUGCUGCGUUACGGAGGCAGCAUGUCCUUACAGAGCGCCAUGAGCGUUCGCUUCAACAGCACCGGCACUCAGCUGCUGGCGCUGCGUCGCCGCCUGCCGCCCGUCCUCUACGAGCUGCACUCCCGCCUGCCCAGCUUCCAGUUCGACAACCAGGGCUACUUCAACUCCUGCACCAUGAAAAGCUGCUGCUUCGCUGGGGACAGAGAUCAGUACAUCUUGUCUGGGUCGGAUGACUUCAACCUCUACAUGUGGAAAAUCCCAAAGGAUCCAGAGGCAGGAGGCCCUGGCCGUGUGGUGAACGGGGCUUUCAUGGUCCUGAAGGGGCACCGCUCCAUAGUGAACCAGGUCCGCUUCAACCCUCACACCUACAUGAUCUGCUCAUCCGGUGUGGAGAAAGUCAUCAAGACAUUUACAGCUUGGUGUAACUCUCACCUGAGGAAAGCAGGCACGCAGAUCGAGAACAUCGAGGAGGACUUCCGGGAUGGACUGAAACUCAUGCUGCUGCUCGAGGUCAUCUCAGGUGAACGCUUGGCCAAACCAGAAAGAGGCAAGAUGAGAGUCCACAAGAUCUCUAACGUUAACAAGGCACUCGACUUUAUCGCCAGCAAAGGAGUGAAGCUGGUGUCUAUUGGUGCAGAGGAGAUCGUAGAUGGCAAUGCUAAGAUGACCCUGGGAAUGAUCUGGACCAUAAUCCUCCGCUUUGCCAUCCAAGACAUUUCAGUGGAAGAGACAUCUGCCAAAGAGGGCCUCCUGUUGUGGUGCCAGAGGAAGACUGCACCCUACAAGAAUGUCAACAUCCAAAACUUUCACAUCAGCUGGAAAGAUGGUUUGGGUUUCUGUGCACUCAUUCAUCGACACCGUCCAGAGCUCAUCGACUAUGGAAAACUUCGCAAGGAUGACCCCAUGACCAACCUGAACACAGCUUUCGACGUGGCAGAGAAGUACCUGGACAUCCCCAAGAUGUUGGACGCAGAAGACAUUGUGGGCACUGCCCGUCCGGACGAGAAGGCGAUCAUGACCUACGUCUCUAGCUUCUACCACGCCUUCUCGGGCGCCCAGAAGGCAGAGACGGCGGCCAACAGGAUCUGCAAGGUGCUGGCUGUCAACCAAGAGAAUGAGCAGCUGAUGGAGGACUAUGAGAAGCUGGCCAGUGAUCUGCUGGAGUGGAUCCGUCGCACUAUCCCCUGGCUGGAGAACCGCAUGCCCGAGAACACCAUGCAGGCCAUGCAGCAGAAGCUGGAGGACUUCAGAGAUUACCGCCGCCUCCACAAGCCGCCCAAAGUGCAGGAAAAGUGCCAGCUGGAGAUCAACUUCAACACCUUGCAGACCAAACUGAGGCUCAGCAACAGGCCCGCCUUCAUGCCCUCAGAGGGAAAGAUGGUCUCGGACAUUAACAACGCGUGGGGAAAUCUAGAGGGAGCAGAGAAGGGCUAUGAAGAGUGGCUGUUAAAUGAGAUUCGCAGGCUGGAGAGACUCGACCACCUGGCGGAGAAAUUCCGCCAGAAAGCAGCUAUCCAUGAAGCUUGGACUGAAGGUAAGGAGGACAUGCUGCAGAAGCGUGACUACGAGACGGCCUCUCUUUCAGAGAUCAAGGCCCUGCUGAAGAAACACGAGGCCUUUGAGAGUGACCUGGCCGCACAUCAGGACCGUGUGGAGCAGAUCGCGGCCAUCGCACAGGAGUUAAAUGAGCUGGACUACUACGACUCCCCCAGUGUUAACGCUCGCUGCCAGCGGAUCUGUGAUCAGUGGGACACACUGGGAGCUCUGACCCAGAAACGCAGUGAGGCUUUGCAGAGAACUGAGAAGCUGCUUGAAACCAUUGACCAACUGUACCUUGAGUUUGCCAAAAGAGCGGCUCCAUUCAACAACUGGAUGGAGGGCGCCAUGGAAGACCUGCAGGACACCUUUAUCGUUCACACCAUCGAAGAAAUCCAGGGAUUAAGCACAGCCCACGAGCAGUUCAAAGCCACGCUGCCAGAGGCAGACAAAGAGCGCCUGGCCAUCCUGGGCAUCCACAAUGAGAUUGCCAAGAUCGUGCAGACCUAUCAUGUGAAUAUGGCUGGCACCAACCCCUACACCACCAUCAACCCGCAGGAGAUUAACGCCAAAUGGGACAAGGUCAGGCAGCUGGUGCCUCAGCGCGACCAGGCUCUGAUCGAGGAACACGCCCGGCAGCAGAACAACGAGCGUCUGCGCAGACAGUUUGCCAACCAGGCCAAUGUCAUCGGGCCCUGGAUCCAGAACAAGAUGGAGGAAAUUGGCCGCAUCUCCAUUGAGAUGCACGGCACCCUGGAGGACCAGCUGACACACUUACGCCAGUACGAGAAGAGCAUCGUCAACUACAAGCCAAAGAUCGACCAGCUGGAGGGAGACCACCAGCUCAUUCAGGAAGCGCUCAUCUUUGACAACAAGCACACCAACUACACCAUGGAGCACAUCCGCGUGGGCUGGGAACAGCUACUCACCACCAUCGCCCGCACCAUCAAUGAAAUCGAGAACCAGAUCUUGACGCGGGACGCCAAGGGCAUCAGCCAGGAGCAGCUGAACGAGUUCCGGGCUUCCUUCAACCACUUCGACAGGGACCGCUCGGGCACUCUGGGCGCGGAGGAGUUCAAGGCCUGCCUGAUCAGCCUGGGCUUCGAUAUCGCCAACGAUGCACAGAAGAGAACAGGAAUCAUGGAUGCUGAAGACUUCAAAACCUGCCUUAUCUCCAUGGGUUACAACCUGGGUGAAAACGAGUUCUCCCGCAUCAUGAGCAUAGUGGACCCAAACAGGAUGGGCAUCGUUACCUUCCAGGCCUUCAUCGACUUCAUGUCCCGCGAGACAGCCGACACAGACACUGCCGACCAAGUGAUGGCCUCCUUCAAGGUUCUGGCAGGGGAUAAGAACUAUAUUUUAGCCGACGAGCUGCGCCGGGAGCUGCCUCCAGACCAGGCGGAGUACUGUAUCGCCCGCAUGGCCCCCUACACCGGCCCUGACGGCGUGCCGGGAGCCCUCGACUACAUGUCGUUCUCUACCGCUCUGUACGGAGAGAGCGACCUCUGAACACUCUGUCAGUUGUCCUGACUUGGGACCACCAGCCUACCUGCUCCCAUCACCCCCACGUCCACCGACUGCCCCGUCACCACACUCCUGUCCUACUGCGCUCAUUUUUUGUACGUCUCUGGCCUUAUCUUUUUGUCAUAAUCCUCUGUCUCCUCCUCCUCCUCCUCCACCUGCUCUGCCUCCUCCCGCCUGUCCAGCCUCUUCACCGCUUCUUCACACUCUUUCUCAGUUGUAUUUGCUUCCCACGCAAUGCAGCAGCUCUCCAGGUUUACAAAGAGGGAGAGAAAAAAAUGUUUGUUUCUGUUUUUAUUUUCUUGUUGUCAUUGUUUUUCUUCAUAAAAUGAAUAAAGUUAACAUAUUUUAUUAUACUGAACAAAAAAAGGUAUUUUUCUUCACCUGAUUGAAAAUAAGAGACAAAAAUUGUAAUAAAGAAAAAUUGCUAUACUUUCUCUUCUUAUUCUGUUUGCUGCAGGGCUCAAUUAUGGUUUUUUCAUAGAUUUACAUCAACAGUUUGUGCAUUUAGCUGACUCUCUGAUCCAGAACAACUUACAAUGACAGUGAUACAAGGAAAAGUAAAUGCGUAUAUCAUCAAACUGUAUGUAUACAUCCCUACGUCUCUGGAAAAGCAGGUAAGAACCGAACCCACACUCGUUAACAUGGAUGUGGCGGCGUAAAUACUCCCACCUGAAGGUUGUGAUUACCUGCAUUAAGAGGAGGUGAUACAUGCAUAAAUGGUUUUGCGUCUCUUAUCCAUUUUCCACAGGUCAAAUACUUAACAUUACUUUCCAGUUUUCAAACAUUUAAACCGCACCUGUUAGACUUUGGAUGGUGGUUAAACAGCCAUUUAGUUUCCAAAACCUCAUGUGAGUAUAUAACAAAACUUGGAUAGAAACUUAGUCAAGGAAGUCCUCUACAGCGAACAUCAUAUCAGUUUUUUCUUGUUUACUGUAAGUUAUCAGCGUGGUAAUGCAGUGCAGACAAUUUAAAUUAAUCCAUCAUUUCACCUGCAGUAUAGACCUUUUGCUAAUAUCAGUGAGCAGUGGUGCAAGAAGUACUCACAUCUUUUACUCAGUUUCAAGUAGAAGUCGCGCAUUCAAAAAUUUUGCUUUGGUAAGAGUAGCAUUAGAGACCAAAAAUAUUAUACCAAAAGUGAAAGUACUCGUUAUGCGGAGUGACCCGUUUCAGAAUAAUAUAUAUUACUGUAUUAUGACUAUUGAUACAUUAGCGUGUACAUCACUUUAAUGUUGCAGC